AGAACAAAACGCUUGCGUUCUUACAUUUAUCUUUAGUUUCUUCUGUUUUCGUUGAAAAGCACACAUUUCCGUUCUUAUAUGGCAGACAUGGCUCGGAAGCAAGUCUUAGAAGUGCUUCUGUUGGUGCUUGCCGCCCUAGCGGUGACCGUUGAAUUUGUUGGAUUUAUUUCGCCGGGAUGGUUAUGCCUAUCAGUUAAAUAUCAAAAUCAGAGUGACGGCUCUGACGUAUCACGCUGGGCAGACGACUUCGACAUGACACACUGGGCAAACAAAUUCGAGAAAAAUUUGGCAGACGCCUUCGAUGAUUCCGGCACAGACGAUCGUAAGAGAGUUCGUCGGCAAGAAGCGAGAACUAGCUUAACCAGCGCCGGAGAAAGACUCCACAAUGCAACUGCAAACAAUACUAGUAACUGGAAGGGAAGACCUGAACUUCCAUUUAAAAUUUUUAAUUCUACCCAGGAAGAAGAAGUUUACAAACACUUUCAACAAUGGGUAAAAAACAAGAACAUUAACAAUCUGUCGCUACCCAGUAAUGUCACAGCAUUUAAAAAAUGGUUAUACAGCAGCAAUGGUCAAUAUCUUGUUUUGAAGAAAUAUUUUGGUGAAUUUUCAAGAAAUGGUUCCCGUGCUGCACCUGAAAGGUUUUAUUUUCCAGUAAUAGAAUCUUGGUUACGAGGUGGGGCAGACGCAGAAGGUCAACAAGAUUUCAAAUUACCCAAAUUUCCUGAUCGCACUGUUACAGACGUUCCGGGUUACAAACAAGCUGCUAUUUAUAAAGAGUUUAAAUCGUACGUAGCCCCAACCAUCCGUGCGAAACUACCGAAUAAUUACAAAUAUUUUAUAACAUGGAUGUCUCAGAAUAUGACCAGGAUACAGCAGAUGAAAGUCCGUUAUUUGUACUUUAUGCAAGACAUUGACGAGUCUAAGGUAGAUCUGUAUGAACAUGUGAUCGAGUCAUGGUUCAUACAAGCCCUUCCCCACAGUGCAACGGAUGGAGACCAAUGGGCGGACAGCCUCGUGGCUUUACCUAUGCUUUCUGGAAUGGAGUGGACGGUUAGACUGGGUAUAUGGUAUGGAAAAGAAUGUGUAAUUAUCCCUGGCAGUACCGAGGAUCAGUGUGACAACACAAAUGCUGUUCAACUGGAACAAAAUGGUUUGGAUGUUGGUGGUAUGGCAACGUGGAACGAUCUUCGUGUUGAGACUAUAAUCGGACUAUGCGCAUGCGUAAUUGGACUCGUGGGGACAUUGCUUACUGUGAAGCCCUUUUGUCUGAAGGGACGCCAAAGGGUGACUACCAUUGUCGGCAUCUGUGGAAUGGUGCUUUCGUGCAUUCUCUUCUUGGUACCAAUUGUCCGCAUUGCUGGCAUACAUUCUACGCUUCAGCACAGUUACAUGUUUUAUCACGAUGAGCUUCACGUGCAGAUGCCAUGGGCGGCUGCUGUUUCCGGUAUUGGCGCGUGCCUGGCCUUAGUUUCCGCAGGAUGCCUUGCGUUCUUCACGUGGGCAGACGAGAGGCAAAAAUGGAACAAAUUUGAUGAUGACCCAUCCAUUGUUUUCAAGAAUGACGUUCAAAGGGACAAAAGCACGUGCGACAUGGACCAGAAAGAGACCAGUAACACUGAAGGAAAGUACGAUAACAUGGCUACCAUGAGUGAUAUAUAAAGCAAUGUAAAUUCAAGUGUUUUUGUUUCGUUUUCUUUUUCUUAAAAUCCAGCUGCAUUUUUGAUGUUCUACAAUUACAUGUAUGUCAGAUCAAUAAUUCACUGGCUCGGUUUAUAGAUUGUUGUGGUUUAUCAAAAAAUAUCACUUAAAAAUAGAGAUUUAAAAAUGUUCAAUGGUGACAAGUUAAAAACAAUAAACUUUUUCAAAUGUAAAUAGUACCAAUUAGACUAUGUUUGUUUUUGUAUCAAAUAAACAGAAGUAGGAAUUUCACAAAGUUUAAUUGUGACAUUGCGUCCACUAGUAUGCUGAUUCUUCACGUCUGGCUUCUUCACAAAAAAUGGUAACAAUAAUAUAGCAAAUGUUUGCUAAUAUUGCUCAAAUCUGUAUUUUGUGAAAGCGAUCUUUGAAUUAGUAUUGAAUUUGCGUAGUGUUUCGAAAGUAGUUUCGACACAUGAAAUCAACAAUCUAUAUGGUUACUGUAUUAGUAAAUGUCAUUUUCAUGUUUCAGCAAACUAUGUAUAUCGAAGUGCGAGUGAUUUGCAUGCAAUGUAACACACAUAAAGUAUAUUUGUUUUUGAGUAAGAUACUUAAUUGCAUAUUAUUUCUUGCCGUACAGUGCCUUCCAAAAGUUUGGAGACAAAGAACUUUUUACCCAUUCUCACUACAGUGGCAUACUGUAACUUUACAAAUGAGAAAUACGACAUUCAGCUUUAGCUCUUUAACAAAUUCUCCACAGAUCUAAUAUUUUAUGUUUACACGAUUUCGUUCAUAAGGUAGUUCUACACAUUUGAAAAAGAAACUGGAAGUUAUGGCGAAACGUCAUUUAUAUAAAGCUUUGAGGGAAAAUUAUACAUGUAUCAGUGUCAUUCCAUGUGUACGUUUAUAAAAAUAGCAACGUUAUUUUCUUUGAAAGGAUGAUAAAAGUGUUGUCUCCUAAAAUCCAAAUAAUGCCUUCAAAUCGGUGGAAAUUUGCUCGUUUCUUAAAUGGAAAAUAUCUAAAAAAAAAAAAAAAAAAAAAAAACACAGACCUAGUUUAUUUGACCAUAUAGUACAGUAUGUUGAUUUACAACUGUGAAAAGUUCUCUUCAGUCUAAAUUGUGAAAAAUUCUACAAGCCAAAAUAUCAUCAAAAUUUUCCAUAGAUUCCUGUGAUGAAAACUAGCGAGUUCCAAAUUGUUCAAGUAAGAGAAAAGUAAUCAUGCGCAUGACCAUACCUCUUUUUCUUUGCCAAGUUUACUUAGGAGUUUGGAAAAAUUAGCGAUAUGUUGUAGAAUUUUUAUUUUACUUGAACUUGAAGAACUACCUUAAUUCCUACUAAUGUAUCUUAGACUUUUGAAGGGCACUAUAUACAGUAAAACUUGUCUUAAGCAGCUAGCCAAGGGAGUGGGAAAAAGUGGCUGCUUAAUGCAGUUAAUUUAUAGAAUGAAUGACCAUUUUGGGAAAUGAGACAAUGGCUGCUUAAUAGAGGUAACCGCUAUAGCAGGUGUUACGUUAUUUUAGGUCAGAAUCAUUGUUACUAACCUGUUGUUGUCAAAUUAAUAUAUAUUUGUACUAAUAAAGUUAACAAGAGAA